CUCACCUGGUCAGAGUCAGGUAAGCGUCGGUCUGCUCUCCAUGGGAGGCGGAAGAGUCUUCCAAAGUCUCCAACAGCGGCACGAAGGGGCUGCGGCCCGGGGCCGUCAUGUCGGCCCCCGCUGAGGCCCGGACCGGAAGAGGAGACAAUCCAGUGACCGAUAGAAACAGCUCCGCGGCGGCCCCGCAUAUCAAUGGCAGUCUCAUUAUCCUUUGGUAAUUCUGGAAUUUCCACCAAGAUUGUUUUAAAAACUCAUUUGGCAGUAUUCCAGGAACCAAACUGUUGAUUUGGGGGACACCCACUUGAAAAAGGCUCAAGCCGCUUCUGGACAAGGCAGCGCCAGCGGGCCCGGAGGUUCCAGCGACUCCCGCGGACGCUCCACCUGCGCGCCCCCAGCGAGGUUUCCGGGAACCGCGGCGCGGCGCGGCGCUCGGCGGGCAGAGGCGGGGAACCAUGGCAACUGAUGAAGAUAACAAAAAACAAGUUCUUAAGGAGUAUGGGCCAGCUGAAGAAUUUAUGAAAGAUGAACAAAACCAGAAAUUAAUUAGUGAAAUUGAAAAGGAAAAUACUCAGUUAAAGGAGGAGAUCCAAAAGCUUGAAGCUGAGUUGCAAGCGACAACCAGGAACUCCCAGAUUAACGAGGAUAUUCCCGAAACAAAGAUAAAGUUCACAGCUGUAGAGAAUCCUGAGAGUGACAGCCAGUUUUCAAAUAUCUCCUAUUCGUGUCAAGUGAGCUCAAAAGUCCCUUAUGAGCUACAAAAAGGACAAGCACUUAUCACCUUUGAAAAAGAAGAAGUUGCCCAAAAUGUGAUCAGAAUGGGGCACCAUCAUGUGCAGAUACAGGAUGUAAAUGUGAAGGUGAUGGCCAGCCCGGUUCCAUUAAACUCAGGAGUCAGAUUCCAGGUUCACGUAGAAGUGUCUAAAAUGAAGAUCCACGUUACUGACAUUCCUGAUGAACUGCCUGAAAGUCAGAUGAGAGACAAGCUAGAACUGAGUUUUUGUAAGUCCCGCAACGGAGGCGGAGAAGUGGACUGCGUGGCGUACGACAAGCAGUCCCGGAGCGCCGUCGUCACGUUUGUGGAAAGUGGAGUUGCUGACAAGAUUUUGAAAACAAAAGACUAUCCUCUUUAUAUAAAUCAAAACUGCCAGAGAGUUACUGUUUCUCCGUACACAGAAACAUACCUGAGAAAGUUUCAGGUAUUUUCAGGAGUAUCUAAGAAGACAGUGCUUCUGACUGGACUGGAAGACCUUCAGAUAACAGAUGAAGAAACUGUAGAGGAUUUUAUUAACAUUCACUUUCAACGGGAGAAGAAUGGAGGUGGAGAAGUCGAGGUAGUCAAGUGUUCCCUUGGGCAACCUUACAUAGCAUACUUUGAAGAAUAGACUCAUGGAAUCAUAUGAAAAUUAGAGCUUUUGAACCCAAAUCACUGUUAAUGCUUGACAAAAAUGAAUAUCCUUUUCCUUAAAAAAAUGAAAAAUUUAAUUCUUUAGUGUUUGUUUAUUCUUAGAUACAAAAUAUAUUUCUGUUUUUGAAUUCUUUGU